UCGGUCCACCGUGUAUAAAUGUCUCUGCGCUUGUUUAGCAUUAAUAAUAAGCUCACUUCGGUUCUUUUCAAUCGCCCCUUCCCCGCCCCUACGCUGAUCUUUCCUUUUUCUCUACUCCAGAUUUCAUCUUUCGCUAUGUCUUAUCGCCCUAACUACCAAGGUGGCCGUCGAGGCGGGGGUCCCAACUCCGGCCGCGGAGGUGGACGCCGAGGAGGCGGCGGCGGCGGAGGACGCGGAGGACGAGGCGGUGAACAGCGCUGGUGGGACCCGGUUUGGCGCGCUGAGCGCCUCCGUCAAAAGGCCGCUGAGAUGGAAGUUCUGGAUGAGGCUGAGUGGUGGUAUAAGAUGAAUCAAAUGAAAAAAGGACAGGAGCAAGAGAUGAUCAUUAAACGAAAUUUCAGCCGUUCCGACCAGCAAGUUCUCUCUGAUAUGGCUUACGAAUUAGGUCUUUACUUUCAUGCGUAUAAUAAAGGGAAGGCUCUUGUGGUUAGUAAAGUUCCAUUGCCAAAUUAUCGUGCAGAUCUUGAUGAACAUCAUGGAUCAACACAGAAACAGAUUCAAAUGUCUACAGAAACUGAGAGGCGAGUGGGAAAUCUCUUGGAUGUCUCAAGGGACACAAAGUCGGGUGAUGAUUCAGGAGUGGCAUCUAGUAGGGGAGCCACAAAACCAUUGCCUGAUGUAAAAAGAAUUGAUUCAGUUUCUACAAUUGAAACAGAUUCUUCCAAGGAAAAAUUCAGUGCUGAACUCAAGAAAAAGCAGGAAAACUUGAACGCAAGUAACAGUGUGAAGGCGAUGCUGUCUUUCAGAGAAAAACUACCAGCAUUCAAAGGGAAAGCUGAGUUUCUGAAAGCUGUUGCUCAAAAUCAGGUUCUAGUGGUUUCAGGAGAAACAGGUUGUGGUAAAACAACACAGCUUCCUCAAUUUAUUUUAGAAGAGGAGAUAUCAUCUCUGAGGGGUGCUAAUUGUAACAUAAUAUGUACUCAGCCACGUCGCAUAUCUGCGAUAUCUGUUGCAGCCAGAAUAUCCUCAGAAAGGGGAGAGAAUGUUGGUGAAACUGUUGGUUAUCAGAUUCGCCUAGAGUCAAAGCGAUCUGCUCAGACACGGCUGUUGUUUUGCACAACUGGAGUGUUACUCAGACAGUUGGUUCAGGACCCAUAUUUAAAUGGUGUGAGUCAUUUGCUAGUGGAUGAAAUUCAUGAAAGAGGCAUGAAUGAGGACUUCCUGUUAAUAAUUUUACGUGACCUUCUUCCUCGGCGUCCAGACUUGCGUCUUAUUUUGAUGAGUGCAACCAUCAAUGCUGAUUUGUUCUCUAAAUAUUUUGGAAAUGCUCCAACUAUUCACAUACCGGGGUUGACCUUUCCAGUGGCUGAGUUAUUUCUCGAGGAUGUGCUGCAGAAAACUCGUUAUAAUAUCAAAUCAGAAUUUGACAAUUAUCAAGGCAAUUCACGAAGGAGGAGGAAAGAGCUUGAUUUCAAGAAAGAUAAUUUAACUGCACUAUUUGAGGAUGUUGACAUUGAUUCUGAAUAUAAGAAUUACAGUGCAUCUACAAGACAUUCACUUGAAGCAUGGUCAGGUUCACAGAUUGAUUUGGGUCUGGUGGAGGCCACAAUUGAGCAUAUUUGCCGCCAUGAAGCUGAUGGAGCUAUUCUUGUAUUCCUCACAGGCUGGGAUGACAUUUCUAAGGUCCUUGACAAGAUUAAAGUGAACAGCUUUCUUGGGGAUCUUAGCAAGUUUCUGGUUCUUCCCUUACAUGGUUCUAUGCCUACCAUUAAUCAACGAGAAAUAUUUGACCGUCCUCCACCUAACAAGCGAAAAAUUGUUUUGGCGACAAAUAUUGCUGAAAGUAGCAUCACCAUAGAUGAUGUUGUGUAUGUUAUAGACUGUGGAAAGGCAAAGGAAACAAGUUAUGAUGCUCUUAACAAGCUGGCAUGUCUUUUACCUUCAUGGAUUUCAAAGGCUUCAGCACAUCAGAGACGAGGCCGUGCUGGUCGUGUGCAACCUGGAGUUUGCUAUAGGCUGUACCCAAAAUUGAUCCAUGAUGCAAUGCUUGAGUAUCAAUUACCUGAAAUUCUCCGAACACCAUUGCAAGAGCUAUGUCUACAUAUCAAAAGCUUGCAGCUUGGAUCUGUGGGAUCAUUUUUGGCAAAGGCACUUCAGCCUCCAGAUCCUCUUUCUGUUGAAAAUGCAAUUGAGCUUCUUAAAACAAUUGGAGCUUUGGGUGAUGCAGAGGAGCUUACUCCUCUUGGUCGUCAUCUUUGCACUCUACCUUUGGACCCAAAUAUAGGAAAGAUGCUUCUAAUGGGGGCUAUUUUUCAAUGCCUGAAUCCUGCUUUGACAAUUGCAGCUGCUCUUGCUCAUCGUGAUCCAUUUGUCCUUCCAAUAAAUAGGAAAGAGGAAGCUGAUGCAGCAAAAAGAUCCUUUGCUGGUGUUUCUUGCAGUGACCAUAUAGCACUUGUUAAAGCUUUUGAAGGAUAUAAAGAUGCAAAGCGUAAUGGAAGAGAGAGAGCAUUUUGUUGGGAAAAUUUUCUAUCCCCAGUGACCUUGCAGAUGAUGGAGGAUAUGAGAAAUCAGUUUAUAGAUCUGUUAUCAGACAUAGGCUUUGUAGACAAAUCACCGGGUGCUAGCGCUUACAACCAAUACAGCCAUGAUUUGGAGAUGGUAUGUGCAGUCCUUUGUGCUGGGCUUUACCCAAAUGUUGUGCAAUGCAAAAAAAGAGGAAAACGUACAGCAUUCUACACUAAAGAAGUCGGAAAAGUUGACAUUCAUCCUGCAUCUGUUAACGCGGGGGUUCAUCUCUUUCCAUUGCCUUAUAUGGUUUACAGUGAAAAGGUCAAAACAACCAGCAUUUUUGUCCGAGACUCAACAAAUAUUUCUGAUUACGCUUUACUUCUGUUUGGUGGUAAUCUUAUUCCUAGCAAAACGGGAGAGGGUAUUGAGAUGCUUGGGGGGUACCUUCAUUUUUCUGCGUCGAAGAGUGUACUGGACUUGAUACGGAAACUGCGUGGGGAACUUGACAAGCUUUUGAACAGAAAGGUUGAAGAACCUGGAUUUGAUAUAUCUGUUGAAGGAAAGGGAGUAGUGUCUGCUGUGGUUGAGUUAUUGCACAGCCAAAAUGUACGGUACUGAAUUCGUAUUCUUUUAAGUUCUUUAUAGUAGGAUGGAUUGCUCUUCAUUUUGUGAGAUAAUAUAAGCAAAAUGCAACUUUUUAGGGGUGAUUUAAUCUAUUCGACAUUCCUGUUAGGAUGUUGAAAGCUUUUUUCGUAGCAAAUUAAGGUAAAAAUGGGAAGGCAUGAUCCUAAGUUUGUUUGACUUAUCCCAUUGUUCACCAUUUGGAGACUUAAUGAUACCUUAGGCAGCAAUUAUUUUAAUUAUUUCAUUUAUGUCAAAAGGGUUCCAGUCUUUACCAUCA